UUUACUUUAAAAUCAAAAUGUGUUACGAAAUAUAAUAUUAUUCUAUCCAUAUAAGGAAAUUAUUAAGUAAAAGUUGACGUUCAGUUAUUGCGUGAAUGACCCUUAUCUUUUUAAACGGGUCUCACUCGCGAUAUGAGAGAAAAAGAGACAAAAAACAAUAUCCAGUCAAGUUCAAGGACCGGUCAGGGAAUAAAUAAACAGAACCGUUCCGAUGCAAAGCAUAUUCGAUCAAUUUUUAUCUUGGUUCUAUUCUACUGUAAAGAGCGCGGGUACGUUAAAAUACCUAAAUAAAAAAGUUAACGAUUUACUUUUAAAUCGCCUUUUGGCGGUUUUUAGUGAUUUUAAUUUUGAUAAACGCGGUAUUUUUUUAUAUUUUUUUCAUUUCUUGUUAUCAAUCGUAGUAGUUGAGAUUGUUUGAGAUAAGAAACAAUAAGUGCUGUUACGUAACCACGAUGUGUAUUUAUGUCAUUGCCGCCGCGUUGUUAGCUUGUGUUCUGCCGCCGAGCUACGGAAACCCGCCAACAACAAUGGCGCAAAAUAAAGUGUUAGUGUCAUCAAAGGAUUUCCCGGAAAGCGGAUUGAAAGUGCUCCAAGAUAACAAUUUUACAGUAGUUCAAACCCAAUUUCUGAACUUCGGCGAAGAGGGGAAGACCAAGAAUAACGAGGAGCUCUUGAAGCUGAUCCCGGGAUCUUCUGCGCUCAUCUGGGUGUCCAACUUGCCACUCAGCACUGAGCUGUUGGAUAAAGCCGGACCUCAACUAAAGAUAGUAGCAACAGCAUCAGCAGGCUACAACCACUGCAACGUGAACGAGCUGAAGUCCCGCGGUAUAAAGCUGUCAAACACGCCCAACGUGCUGAGCCCGGCGGUGGCCGAGAUAGCUGUCUCCUUGGUAUUGGCUGCAGCCAGGCGGUUCACAGAGAACCUCGACCAAGUGCGCAGAGGUGAAUGGGAGAUAGGUUUCGACAAAGUCUUGGGUCAAGAUGUACGCGGCAGCACCUUUGGUAUCGUGGGCCUGGGCGGCAUCGGACAGGCGGUCGUCAGAAGACUCGCCGGAUUUGAAGUCGGCAGGUUCCUUUACACCGGACACCGGGAGAAGCCUGAAGGCAAAGAGCUAAAGGCUGAGUUCGUGGCUCUUGAUGAGUUGUUAGCUCAGAGCGACUUCGUAGUGCUGGCAGUGCCUCUAACAGAGGAGACACGACACAUGAUCAACAGUACCACACUCGGCAAGAUGAAGAAAAACGCCAUCUUGGUCAACGUUGGACGUGGAGAUUUGGUGGACCAAGAUGCACUGUACGACGCCCUGAAGAACAAGCAGAUCUACGCGGCUGGACUCGAUGUCACCACGCCAGAACCUCUGCCGAAAGACCACAAACUGCUCUCACUGUCUAACCUUUUCGUCCUCCCGCACGUGGGCAGCGCCACCGUGCGCACGCGCAGCGACAUGGCCGUGCUGGCCGCCAACAACGUGGUCAAGGUGUUGAAUGGAGAGAAACUUCUCACACCAGUACUGGACUAGACUUUCCUUCUCACUCACACAUUUCUUCUUUCGCGUGGGCCGCGAGGUCGAUGACCGACUUCAUCAAACCAAAAGCCACUUGGCUCACUUCUUCUAUCGUGUGGGUUGUGAGGUGGAUUACUAACCCCAUCAACCCUGGUGUCAGGGUUACUAUUGAGCCGCCAAAGGCCUCUGACAUGGCUCAUGUAACGACUACUUACUUACAUCAGUAAGUAGUAACCGAGACCAACGGCUUACUUUACUUGGAUCACUAUUAUACAUGUAUAACUUGUUUCCUUCUACGAAUUGAACUAACUACAUUAAGUAUAUGAAUAUGUAGACUAUAUUCUUCUUUAUACCGUACUAUAGUAGGGCCAAUUUAAUAGAUCACAUUUCUACUUCUUGUCGUUUCGAUGGCAUUCAGAUUUUUUACAACCUAGUAUUUUGCCACCCGGACAGCAUUUUCGGUGGCAUUCAUCAGCUCCUCUUACGAUCACAUUUGAAAGCGUCAGACUCAUAAUCAUAACAAACGCCAGCAAGGAAAACAAAACUUUAUGACUAUUAGUUUAAGGAAACAUCAAAUGUGAUCUAUUAUAUUGGCUCUGCUAAAGUCGAUUGACACUGACUGAUUCCGCAAUCUUACUUUUAUAAAUAACAUUAUUUUCAGAGACGUAAGGCCCAAUUUCCUUUAAAAAAACAAACCCCACUGUUUAAUUAUUGUGUCUGGGAAUCCGAGCCUUACAAAAAUUAAAAGACUCAAUAGGCUACUUGAUAACCUAGUCAAAUGAGACACUUUUUACGAAACGUCAAAACGAAAGUUUUCUUUGGAGUUUGUAUGGAAAUACUGUCCUGUGACGUCAUCAAUAAAAGCGGUCAAACGUCGUACUCAUUGUUACUUAAUUCAUAAAUAAAAUUCGAAAAUAAGUCGAAAAGUAAAAUGCGAUUAAUUUUUGAACAUCUUAGACUGGCUUCUAUUUCUAUAUUAGCAUUUUAUCAUUUAUCUUUGAUCCAGUCAAAUACCCAAUUAAAACAGAUGCUGAACAGAUUCAGAUUUUUAGGAUAGCAUUUGGAAAACAUUUCAUGAGUUUGUACAACAGGGUAGUUUCCAACUAGUCAAAUCAGUUACUUUUUACUAAACGUCAAAACACGAAAUUACUAUGGAAUUUGUACGAAAAGGCAACCUGUGACGUCAUAGAAAAAUAAUGUCACACUUAUUACAUUUAUCUUUAUUAAAAUUCAUUAAUAAAU